AUGACGAAGUGUAAAAGAUUUCUUUUUCGAUCUUCAUUCGAAAGACAAGAAUCAUGCGCUGUGCGUCAGGAUUUUCGCGAAGAUAAUGAAAUCAUGCAGCCAGUGCGUGACUGCGACAAGAUGAUACAGCCGACCAAUGAUGGCUGUGCGCUUGGAGCUCUGGUGGUGGCAGAAUCACUACGAAAAGUUGGAACACAACGAAAUUUAGUAGUCAUGGUUUCCAGAACAUUAUCUGAUUUAAUAAGACAAACAUUACAGAAUAGUUUUGACGAAGUUGUUAUUGUUGAUGAAUUAAAUUCCAACGAUGAACAACAUUUACGAUUAUUAGCUCGUCCCGAACUCGGUGUUACAUUUACGAAGAUCAAUUGUUGGCAAUUAGAGAAAUAUUCGAAAUGCGUGUUUCUCGAUGCUGAUAUUGUUGUUUUGCAAAAUAUAGAUGAUUUAUUCGAUCGCGAAGAACUGUCAGCAGCUCCGGAUGCUGGUUGGCCUGAUUGUUUCAACUCGGGUGUUUUCGUCUACAAACCAUCCAAAGAAACAUUCAGAAAAUUGGUGGCAUUUGCGAAUCAACAAGGCGCAUCGUUCGAUGGUGGAGAUCAAGGUCUUUUGAAUGCAUUUUUUUCAAACUGGCGUUCAGCAGAUAUUGCUCGACAUUUACCAUUUACUUACAAUGUCACAUCGAACACAUUCUAUUCAUAUGUUCCAGCUGUAACACAAUUUCGUAACGAUAUUCGUGUUGUCCACUUUGCUGGUGCAUUGAAACCGUGGCAAUUGACAUAUAAUCCACAAAACGAACAGUUAUCUGGUAACUUGGGCGGACAACAUACAGUUCAAAGAGAAUUUCUUCUCGCUUGGUGGAAAGUGAUGUACGAACGCGUUUGGCCACGAUUAUCUAAACAAAAUCAGCAAUUGAAUCCAUCUCAAUCCAUCAUUACCGAGAACAAUUCACAAGUUGGAUUCGGUGGUCAAGUAUUAAACUAUGGUUCAUUAACUAGCGAUCAAGGUGUUCAAGCUGGUUCAGUGGCGCAUCGACGAGCCUGGGAAGCCGGACAUGUGGAUUAUCACGGAAGAGAUUCAUUCUCGAAUAUUCAAGAGCAGUUAGAGAGAAAUAUUGCUCAACAACCACAACAAUAUCAUCCAUCCCAAGCAAGACAAAUAACACCACCACCAUCACAAGCAACAUCUGCUUCUAGUAAUAAACAAUCUUCAGACCAAACCACGCCAGCUACCGCUGCUCCAUCAGGAGGUAUAAAAUCAACAACAGCUGAAGGCGAAAAGAAAUAG